AUGCGCACACCCACCGCCGACGAGAUCGACGACGUCCUGUACAGCGCGCGCGCCGGCGACGUCGACGAGCUGCGCAGCGCACUCGCCGCCUUUGCCGCCGAGGGCGCGGCGCCGCUGAGCGACGCGCAGCUGGCGCAGGCGCUCGACGCGGCGGCAAACGAGACGGGCAACACGGCGCUGCUGUAUGCGGCGGCCAACGGACACAUGGAGGUGCUCUCGUAUCUGCUGCCCAAGCUCAAGCUCGACGCCGUGCUGCGCGCCAACGACGCCGGCAACACGGCCGUGCACUGGGCCGCGCUCAACGGGCACCUGCCGGCGGUGCAGGCCUUGGUGCAGCGCAUCGAGGAGCUCUCGCCGCGGCCAGUCGAGAGUGGCGCGGGCGCAGACGAGGAGGAGGACGAGGAGAAGGCGGCGGAGCGGAGUCCGUGGGAUGCGCGCAACAAGGCGGGGCGCGGCCCGAUGAGCGAGGCGCAGAUGGCGGGCAAGGAGGACGUCGUCAAGUGGCUGCUGGAGCGCAUGAUUGGCGGGCCCACGCCGGCGCCGAGCAAGGAGGAGGUCGGCGAGGACACGCCCGCUGCGCCUCAGCAGCCGGCCGCCGCCGCGCAGCCGGCACAGCAGGAUGCGGCCGUCGAUGCAGCGACAAACGGCGUGCAGGACGCAGAACUCAAGUAA